AUAAACUGCACAUUUUUUCAUUUGUUAAAAAUAUUCCUAUAAAAUAAAAUCUGGAAUAAAAUCCAAUAAACCCUUACUUUUCCAUUUAACAAUGCUGCAUUGCCUUUGAGUCGUUAAGUCACAUGAUAUGUAGGCCAACAGCUGACUUUUAACAGGUGUUCUACUUGUCCACUGUAGUAAUACAAUGCUGCAUUUGCUAUCACCAGGUCGCACGACGUGGUGAAAACCAAGACUUUGGGACUAAUACAAAAGAUAAUGUAGGCCAUUGUUUAAAGUUGGAUGCAUUUGUAUGUAAUAAUGCUCAGGAAAGAGUUCCCUUUGGUACAAUAAUGUACAUGUUACCCAAUUAAGUAUCUAUUAAAGAAAGUAACAUAACUAAACUUUCAGUGCCAGCGAUCACACUAAAUCAUCACGGUUGUAUGGGGACCGGACUCGGGCACGCGCACCCCGCUGCCUCUACGCUCGCUCACGUGCAUGUAAACACCUGACCGCUGCAGGGGAGCGAGCCCGCUGAUUCUUCUCACAGAAACACAAACUUCUGCAGAUCCUCCCUGUUGAUUCCUCAGCUGUGUUAGCUAUGAGCGGGAUGGCGGAGGAGGACAUGUUUGUAUCGGAGGAAGAGCAGGCGGUGGACUGCAGGCGGCUAACCCGGCUGUACUGCAUGAAUGGCGGACAUCACUUGCAGAUCCUCCCCGAGGGGAAUGUGCAGGGCCAGAGGGAGGACGGGGACGCGCAUAUUGUUUUGAAGCUCAAAGCUGUGGACAGAGGUGUGGUGGUCAUCCAAGGAACAGAAGCCGGGAGAUAUUUGGCCAUGAGCGACGAGGGCAGAUUGUACAGCUCACCCACAGUCACUGAUGAGUGUUAUUUCCUGGAGAAGUUGGAGGAGAACCACUACAACACAUACAUGCCUCAGAAAUAUCAGGACAGGAAAUGGUAUGUCGGGCUGAAAAAGAACGGCAAACCUAAACUGGGUUCAAGAACUCACAUCGGCCAGAAGGCCAUCUUCUUUCUGCCCCGGCAGCUGUGUGACUGAGCGAAGACACUCAACACACACUGCAACUCAGCCUGAACCAAUGUGAAGCGGCACCAGAGGAGGCUUUAGUUCAUCAACAUCCACCAUUUGAGUUCACUAACAGCGCCAGACCUGAAGGAGUGGUGUGGGAAUGGUUGAUGAGAACAACUAAGAAGUCAAGCUCAAAAGGAGACGAAGCUGCAACGUCUUUUAAUGUUAAUGUUAUGCAAUACUAACCAGCUAAAGCUAAAAGACUGCAUGUUGUCAUAUUUUUUCCACUUAAAAAAGUUCAUUUUUAGUUGGCAGCAGGGCAAAGAGCAAACAGUAAUAAUCAACCAGUAUGAAAUCACUGAUUAAAGCUGAAUGUGUGGUUCUCAAAGUGAGCAGCAUUUGAAAAUGUUAAAUGGGAUGGGAAAAACACUAAGCAAUAAUAUUCCAUAUGCAUUGCAAUACUCGUAAAUGAUGUCCCGCCACACACUACAUUUUAUAUAAUAUAGUAAUAUUAUAUAAAAUUAAUUAAAUAUAUAUAUAUAUAUAUGUUUUAUUAUUAUAAAUGUCAAAUGUUCUCAUUAACUAUUGCACUUACUUUAAAGGAACAUUAUUGUAACCCAUUGAUUGGGAAUGUUGUUAGAUUUUUGGAAGUCAUGCUAUGAAUGUAUUUUUUUUAAACUAUCUGCUUACUGUCUGGGAACAUAUUCUCAAUCUUCAGAUAUCUAUAUCUAUUUAUCAGUGUCUUAUUAUGCACAUGUACAUCAUGUCUUGUGAUUGAACUGUUUUAUAAAUAAACUACUAACAAUGUGCUUUGCUUCCUCACUAAUUUACAUGUUUCUGCAUCAACCCUUU